UUGAUUGGUUACAGUAAGUGCAUGCUGGAAACGCGCCAGGGCCGCUGGCUGAUCUGAAAACAGUUUCAACCAUCCGUCAGCAUAAUAAAACUGGUGGAGAGCCAGCAGGUCGCGGCAGGCGAAGGCAUCAAAGCUCUGAUGUUGCAACGCCCCUGUGAAGGCAAUGGUCGGGUUUUAAACAGAUAAUGCGCGUGCACCUUUUCCAGUAUCUUUUGCGGGAAAAGUGAAAGUGGAUCGCUGAGGACACCGCGCACCCAAGCACUGGAUGUCCCGAGCAAGCUGAGGAACAGCGCAACUUUAUAAAAAUAACCACAAGAAUAGCUGAGCAAGAUGGCAUCUGCCAACGAUACACGUCACCAGACACAGAUCCAGAAGGAUGUGGCUGAUCAGAAUUUUGACUACAUGUUCAAGCUCCUUAUCAUUGGGAACAGCAGUGUGGGAAAAACCAGUUUCCUGUUCCGGUAUGCCGACGACUCUUUUACGUCAGCCUUCGUCAGCACGGUCGGCAUUGACUUCAAAGUCAAAACGGUUUACCGAAAUGAAAAACGUGUAAAACUGCAGAUAUGGGACACAGCAGGACAGGAGAGGUACCGCACCAUAACUACAGCAUAUUACAGAGGAGCAAUGGGCUUCCUGCUAAUGUACGACAUUACUAACCAAGAGUCUUUCUACGCUGUGCAAGACUGGGCAACACAGAUUAAAACAUAUUCAUGGGACAACGCACAGGUGAUUCUGGUGGGAAACAAAUGUGAUUUAGAGGAUGACAGACUGGUGGCCACAGAAGACGGACAGAGACUGGCUGAUGAACUAGGCUUUCAGUUUUUCGAGGCAAGCGCAAAGGACAACAUCAAUGUAAAGCAAGUGUUCGAGCGAUUGGUUGACAUCAUCUGUGACAAAAUGAACGAAAGCUUGGAUGGAGACCCAAACAUGUUAAACAAUCACAAAGGCCAGAGUCUGCAAGACACGCCCCCUGAUGGUCAGAGUGGCUGCGGAUGUUAAAGAUCCUCAUUCAGCAAACACUCAUACUUGAAGGCGAACAUUCUCACACAUAAACACACAAACACAGAAAGAGCCACUCUUUCACAAGCGUACUCCCAUAUAUAGUAUGAAACGAGUAAGAAUCAGGUAUGUGUCCCUAAUAAAUCUGAUGUCCUAUCACUUUUCAGUUAAUUAUGCCCCUCAGGGAUUGAAAGAAUGUUCCUCAGCGAGAUGGCUGCUAUUAUACUGAACUACAUUGUCACGAUGAGAAUGGGCAGGAAAACACAGCAUGAAACUACAGAGCAGGAAAUGGGAUUUAUAUGCCAAAGUCUCAGUUGAACCCUCCAGUGUCCGUUUACAGCUUAAAUCAUGCGUGUUCAUUGGUGGUUCAAGUGGAUUUGAAAUGUUUGAUUGUUUUAAUGAAUGCAAGGUUGUUUUCCUAAAAUAUAAAUAUUUGUUAAAGACUAGUUUGGAAAUAUUUGAAAGUAUGAUUGCCAAUAUUUGUUUCAAAGUUUUUUCUCAAGUAAGAUACCAUUUGCUUUUAAUGCAAUAAAUUUGCUCUCCCAUGGACACUUAAAGGUGAACCCUGGUUGUUUAUUUGUAUAUGUUGCCUAUUUUAAUAUGACAUUUUAACCAAGAAUAUGAAAUAAGAAUUAUAGGAAAAUAAUUAUGAGAUUUAUAAUAAUGCACAGAUCUUAAUGUCAACAAUCUGGGCAAUACAUUUUUAAUAGCACCAAUUUAAU